CAUUUUUAGAAAAUGCUCAAAGAGAUAUUGCUUCUCUUGAUUCUAAACUUAACGAAUUUCAUUCUUAAAUUCUUUCAGUUCUGUUAAUACCAGUGCUGAAAGCCACUUCACGUGGUACUCGGUAAAAGUAUACGAAGGGGGUUGACAUGAAAUAUCAAUGUUAUAAUAGACUAUGAUACGAUAUCCCACAGUGGAAGUGCAUCCUUAACAGCCACAUCUAGCCUGAGAUCGAGCCCUUCCACGAUCAACAGUGCAAGCGUUCAAACUUUCGAACAAUGGAAGGAAAGGUGUAAUGUGUGAUAACAUCCGAUAGACGGGAGAAGAGACUAUCGUCUGGAAAUUUGGACUUUUUGUUUCUUGUGUUUGACUCUCCAACGAGAAAUGAAGAAGCCAGAAGUGUCCUGGAUAAUUCUCUACCUGUCCUCUGGAUUUUACGUUGUUCACGCCUCCUGGUGGUACCUUGGUAUUAUCGGAUCGGUUCGACCUACCAUGAGAGAACUGGUGACGUCAGGCCCGGAAGUGACGAACUGCGCCAAUAUGAACUUUCUCUCAGAAGUUCAGCGGAAGUUAUGCGGACAAGAGCGCCGUCUACCGAGAGUUAUUAGUGAUGGCGCCUCUUUAGGAAUUGGGGAAUGUAAGCAUCAGUUUGGGAAUCGCCGAUGGAAUUGCUCAACGUACAAUUCUACGGACGUUUUUGGAGGCAUUCUUAAAAAGAAAAUUCGAGAAAAGGCUUACAUUUACGCGAUAUCAUCGGCUGGAAUUAUGUACAGCAUUACAAGGUCGUGUGCAAAAGGAGAGCUGGACAAUUGCGGCUGUGACAUGAAAGUGAGACAGAGAGACACAAAAGGGAAGUUCGAAUGGGGUGGGUGCUCCGAAAACACAAAAUACGGUGCAAAAUUUUCUAGAAAAUUCGUGGACACAAAAGAGUCCACCAAAACCGCCACCUCCCUGAUGAAUCUGUGGAAUAACGAGGCCGGAAGGAAGGCGGUGAAAAUGAAAAUGGACCUCGUAUGUAAAUGUCAUGGAGUGUCAGGUUCUUGUUCAAUUAGAAUUUGCUGGCAGAAAAUGAAGGAAUUUCGCUCCAUUGGGGCAUAUUUGAAAGAGAAAUUCGAUGGCGCAAGUUUGGUACAGCUGAGCAAAAAGAAAAAUAAAUUAAAAAGAAUUAGCAAAAAUAUGAAAAAGCCAACCAAAAAAGACCUUGUGUAUUUAGAGGAAUCUCCUGAUUUUUGUGAAUACAACCCUAAAUCUGGGUCUUUAGGAACGAAAGGGAGGCAAUGCAUAAAAGACGGUUACGGAUUGGAUGGGUGUAAUUUAAUGUGUUGUGGGCGUGGUUACUACACCACUGUCGAGGACAUUCGGGAGGACUGUGACUGUAAAUUUGUUUGGUGUUGUCGUGUAGACUGUAAAACAUGCACACAUAAAGUUGAGAAGCAUUUCUGUAAUUGAGAAGUACAACGGCAAUUCUAGGAUUUCCACAGAAAACUCUGUAUGUUGAGUGUUUCGGAGAGAUUUCAAGAUUUCCCCUACGUUUGUGUUAGAAUGUGAUCAAAGAAACGUCGCUGAAAACGAGGAAAGCCGGAAGUGACGCUUCAAGGCGACACGAGAGCCGAGUUUUCGGAAAACUGAAACACCUCUACGUAGUGUUUAUUGUAUGUAAUGCUGUCCUGAGACAAAUGAAGAAGCAGGAUUUGAAGGAUUUUAAUCUCGAUGAAUUCUUAAAUUCUCAUUUCAGACUCUUGUAAUUGAAACUUUCAAAAGAGAAAAGAAUUGACCUAUUCUUUGGUCUUACUUGUGCAGUGCUCGAAUGCUAAUUCUCUAGCAAUCCAUUGGCUUGAUGGUAAUUGGUCUUGAUAUAAUCUGUCUUCCGUAACUUCAAGAUCUUUUUAACCACGUGGAAUAUAAAUUGAUGAGAAAACUCGGACGUGCAAUGGACACGUAGUCUCGUCAAUCACGUGAGAUUAACAGAAUUCUAACCACGGGUACUAAUUGUACAUGUAUUUAUUAUGUAUGUUUUAUAUAAUAAUCUAUUUCCUGUGGUGUGCAUUUGUUUUGUUAUAUUUUGUGAAGUGUUAUUAUCAAACGUAUAUAAUUAAUACUUCGUUAAUAAAUGACGUAUUGUAUAACUAA